AUGUUUCUAUUAAAAUCAUUACUCCCUAGACAAUCACAAGCUUCUAUACUGGGGUCUAUUAUUAGUACCCGUUCAGUUUCAUUAUUAUCAAGAUUACAACCAUCAAAUAAAUCAACACAUACAUCUAAGAGAGUUGGUAGAGGUCCAUCAUCUGGUUAUGGUAAAACUUCUGGUAGAGGUCAAAAGGGUCAAAAGGCAAGAGGUAGUGUUAAACCAUGGUUUGAAGGUGGUCAAACACCAAUUUUUAAAUUAUUUCCAAAAAUUGGAUUUAAAAAUGUUAAAGCUUUACAAUUAAAAGAAUUAAAUUUAGAAAAAAUUGUUCAAUUUAAAAAAGAUGGUAGAUUAAAUUUAGAAGAAGGUGAAGUAUUAAAUAUGAGAAAAAUGAGACAAUUAGGUUUAGUUACUGGUACUUUAAGAGAUGGUGUUAAAAUUUUAGCAGAUGGUAAAGAACGUUUAAAUUUUCCAUUAAAAAUUGAAGCAACAAGAGCAAGUGCAGAAGCUAUAAAAGCAAUUGAAAAUGCAGGAGGUGAAUAUACAGCAAGAUUUUUCACAAAAUUAGGAUUAAGAGCCCAUUUAAAUCCUCUUUAUUUCUUGCAAACAAGAGGUUACGUUCCAUUACCAGGUAGACCAGUUAAAAAGAAAACUAUAAGUUAUUAUAGUAGUCCUGAAAAAAGAGGUUAUUUAAUUAAAGAAAAUGAUCCAUUAUUAGUUGCAAUUGAAAAUGCUAAAACUGCUAAACCAAAACAAAGAACCGUUAAGAAAACUUUAAUGGAAGGUUUAUUAAGUGGAUCAAAAGAUAUUAAUGUUGCAGCUAAGGGAUUUAACAAAUCUGGUGUUUUUAAAUUAUCUGAUUUAAAACUAUAG